GCCCGGGCUGCGCUCCACUCGAUGGGUAACCAAGUGGAUACAGUUUUAUUAUUGUAUGUCGCGAUGAAGUGUGUCUGAGUUACCUGACAAGUGGCGAUCGGUCGAUGGUUGCUGUUGCCUGGAGAACGUUGGUGUCUCGCGAAAGCAUUUUUGGAUCUGUCGUAGAUUGGUUAAGGAAUUAGUAUAUACUAUAUUGUAUAUUGCCGUCAUUAUAUAUUUCUAUAGUGUAUAUAUGUGUUUCAAUAAUAUUUUUCAUAGCAUUUACGAUCAUAAACAGGUAAAUAAUGCCACGAAGAAGUGAAUUGUUCACUGAAGAUCCGUUUUACCUGCCAAGAUACUGUGGAUAUUUGCCACAGUACAAAUAUCGAAUUGGAAAAACAUAUGGUCAUCAUUCUGCUGAUAUUCUGAAAGAUCCUGACGUUAGAAAAUCUGGAACAUAUGUUCUAACAGACACAGAAUAUGUACCAGAGGGUCGGGACACUAGAAGAUUGUUGCUACAAUCCAGGCAGGAUAGUUGGGGAAAUCAAAUUCAUACUGAACAAUUGGUCCCUGGAUACACAGGCUACAUUCCGAAGAGUCAACAUUAUUUUGCAAAGUCAUAUGCUGAAGUAUGUAGAAGUGCACUGGCUCAUCAUGAAUAUGAACAAAGACAAAUAAAAGAUAAGCAAAAAGAAAUGCGGAAAGUUCUUGGAAUGAAUUCUGGAAAAGUACGGCUAAACACAGAAAGAGACAAACAUAUGUCAUCAACACAUCAGACGACAAUGUCGCAAAACGAUGCAAAACAAUAUAAGCCAUCGGAAGAAUUUCGGCCGUAUGGAUCGCCCUAUUUUAUGGCCGAUUCAAACGAUAUGAAGUGGUUCAAAUCAGGCUAUACCGGGUUUGUCCCUAGAACCAGGGAAUUGAUUGCAAUGGAUUAUCCCACCAUGACAAGCAGAGGACUCUCAACUUUUACAAAUGGCAUGGCUGCAAACCAGAAUAGAAAGAACGCACCAAUCCAACUUGAAAAACGAGAAUCCAACCCACAAGAUAAAACGGUUAUUUAUCCAAUGAAUAGAGGAAUGGUCCCACACUAUACCGGAUAUAUCCCAGGUUACAAGUACAAAAUCGGCCACACCUACGGUCGGCAUACCUACGACACUAUGAAAUUGUCACCAAAACGCACAACGAGAGCAACCGCCAUUACUGUAACGUGACCAGAAGAGGGAAAAUUUUAUAUUCACUAUUUUAACAAUAUAAACAAGAUUCAGUAUUACUAAGUUAAUAUUAUUUACAGUCAAUGGUAACACAUUUGUUCAUAUAUGAACCACAUUCACCUAGCGCGUUAAAGAGCAAAUUUAAUUUUUAACACUAAGAAUGGCGUUGGCCGGCGUUCAGUAAUUUUACAGAGAUUGCAUUUUAUGGAAAUAUACUUU